GCCCGCUGAUGUGUUCCCGGGCUUGAAUUGUGGUGCAGUGUGGAAGUAGGCUGUCCUGCAUUACGCUGUGAGGGGCAGGGGCGUGUGUCAGGGCCUGUGAAGCGAUAGGAGUUCCGUGCUGGCAACUGUGGCUGCUGGGGACGGGCGGGCGUUCAGCGGGCUGGUGGGGGAUUGGGUCGCCACUCGUCAGUGGAGGACUGGCUGCCGGUGAGUAAGGAGCGUGACGUCCACUGUGCUGUGCGAGGCCCUCAGACCGCCCCUGAGAGUGGCGACGAGCGAGUUGACGCAGUACGAUCCUGGCGAUGGUGAGGGAGCGAGUCUGAUCGAGUGAGGAAGGAGAGACACUCUGGGCGGCGGAGUGAGUGCGUGUGCGUGUGUGUGCGGCAGUGUGAGUGCGUGUUAGCACCUUCCCAACCUGCCAGGUGUCUUGAGGUGUGCGUCACCCUGGUGCUGGAUAGCCGCCACUCUCCUGUUGCUCCUGUGUGCGAGGAUAAAUAAUUACUGAAGGCCUCCAGUCGUCGCGUGAGGGAAGGGUGCGUGUGUCCCUCCACACACUCAACGGCUCUUCGCUGUCCCCUUCGUCAGGUCGCUAGGCUGCCACAAAGACCCCAAAGAUGGCUGACCUAAGACACGUGGCCCUGCUCUUGUUAGUGACGGCGCAAGUGUGCCUGGGCAAGGAGCCGGUGCUGACCAUCUUGCCGGACAGCAUCAUGAAGGCGGUGGGCCAGGGCGUGUAUGUGUCUUGCAUGGCGGAUGUGGACGACACUGAGCUGGUCACGGAGAUGAGCUGGACGGCGCCGGACGGCAGGCGGAUCACCAACAGCGUGGACGACACGGUGACCACGUCAGAGGAUGGCACAGAGGCCAAGCUGGACCUCAUCAUCAGCAAGCUGCGGGAGCAGGACGUGGGCGAGUACACCUGCUCCGCCACCUACGCCGGCAACCAGAACCUGGAGGCAAAGAUCAAUGUGGAGUCCUUCUUGGAAAUUGGCUUUGGGGACACCCCCACGCACCAGACGCUGCUCAUCGGUCAGGAGGGGACCGUCAAGUGCACGCCCAAGGCCCGGCCGGCGCCACAGGUGGACUGGUACAAGAACAACGUGCCCAUCAUCAACGACGACAACCACAUCAUCCGGCAGGACGGCAUCCACAUCCAGCAGGUGACGGAGGCGGAUGAGGGCACGUACCGUUGCCGCGCCAGGGUCCUGGAGCUGGGGUCCAUCAAGCAGGUCAACAUCCAGGUGGAGGUGUACAUCCCACCCGUCAUCGACCGCCCACCGCAGGACCUCAAGGGGAAGGAAACGGAGUCCAUCAAGUUUGAGUGCGGCGCCACGGGCAAGCCGGCCCCCUCCUACACCUGGGUGGACGGGGAGAACCGGCCGCUGGAUGGUCUGGAUGGCUUCCACGUGGACAAAGAGACCGGUGACCUCACCAUCCUGGACCUCAAGCCGGAGCGGUCUGGCGAGUACCGCUGCACCGCCACCAACAGCGCCGGCGAGGACACCAAGAUGGCCAUGCUGCAGGUGCUGACCAAGCCGCGGGUGGAGGAGUACCUGAACCUGACCAUGCCGGUGGGCAGCGAGGUGGAGAUGCGGUGCGUGGUGACGGGCAGCCCGGAGCCGCUGGUCGUCUUCAAGAAGGAGAGCGAGCCAGACAGCUUUGUGGACGGCAUCAACGCAGACGACAGGAUCAGUGUGUCGCAGGAGACCGAUGACCAGGGACGCCCAGUGGGGAUCCUGAAGAUCCGUGACGUGGCGCGCAGCGAUGAUGGCCUCUACACCUGCACGGCCCAGAGCGAGGGAGGUGUGACGCAGCGGUGGGGCCACAUCACCGUGGAGUUCAAGCCCACCUUUGAGGAGCAGGGCCCCACAGUGCAGUGGUCCUGGGAGAAGGCCCCCGUCAACCUGACCUGUCUGGCAACCUCUAUUCCUAACGCCACCAUCCAGUGGUACCUGCGAGGCCAGGAGAUUGAAUACAAAGACCCAAAUCUGGCCAGGGUGAAGCUUGGCCCCCAGGGCGUGCUCAGGGUGAACCCUGUCAGCUCCUCCUACUUUGGCACCUACACGUGCGAGGCUACGAACACCCUGGGCACCGCCAGCCUGGACCUGGUGCUGAAGGAGGCGCACCCCCCUGGCCCCAUCAAUAGUGCCAAGGUAGAGAAAAAGACCGCCACCACCCUCACCUGGAGCCUGGUGGACCCGGCGGACGAUGGCGGCCUGCCCAUCCAGAACUACAUUGUGGAGUACCGGGAGAAUGGCCAGUCCUGGGACAACGCCUUCAGGAAGAAGUGGACCAAAGGUUCUUCGUACACCAUCGACAACCUCAUGCCACAGAUGACGUACGUGUUCCGCUUCGCCGCCCAGAGCAAGGCCGGAGACGGAGAGUGGGGAGGCGAGAAGAGCGAGGAGAUGCCACGUCACGCCGAGCCCGAGGAGCCCAUGAUCUUUGACGCCACGGAGGAGGUGUUGGUGAUCCCCUACCCCAGCCACUAUGACCUCCAGUGGCAGGUUCCUCUUGACAACGGGAAGGAGAUUGACCACUUCCAGAUUGUGUAUUACCAGGUGGAGGAGAAGGCAGGCAAGUGGGAGGUCAUCGGUGACAAGACCACGCGUGAGGUCAAGUACCCGGGCACCAGCUCCUACAAGAUUGAAGGCCUGACGGCCAACUCCCACUACAAGAUUGAGCUGCGGGCGCACAACGACAUCGGCUACUCCACCCCGGCCGAGGCGAUCAUCAAGACUGGAAAUGAUCCCUCGGUACCAACAGGUAGCGGUUCGGGACCGUCUGUGCCGUUCAGUAGCGUUGCUCCCUCCACCACUGCCCUCGCCCACGACCCCCACCCCGCCGUCCCCAUGAGCCAGGACGGCCUGGGCACUGGCAUCAUCGUGGCCAUUAUCAUCGUGGUGCUGGUGGUGGUGCUGGUGGUGCUGGACGCGAGCUGCUUCUUCACACGCAAUGCCGGGCUCAUCGCCACCAUAGCCGGCAAGCGAGGCCACAAGGACAAGGACGGCAAGGAGGCCAUGCUAGAGGAUGGCAAGAACGCCAGUGCUGACACCUAUAAUGAAGAGUCUAGGGAAGAUACCAAACCAGCUGACCAAAAACUCCCUGAGAAGGUGCCCCAAACUCCCACCAAGGAAAAUUCUGAGAUAAAAUUGGAGAAAGAAACCGAGGACAUCCAGGAAGGGAACGGCCAGAUGAAGACCCAGAAGGAGGACCCCGAUGACCUCAAGAAGCCAGAGCCAGAGGAGGACACCAACAAGAAGGUUGAGUCCACGGAGCCCUCAGAGACCACCCCCAUGAUAAAGAGACGUCCCUUAGCCAGCCCUGACAUGCCGUGGCAGCAAGCCGUCUUGACCCGGAGAGCCGCCAGUCAGGACAGUUUGCGGGACACACCUGAGGACAUACAGCUGCAGCCUAGAAGCAACCGCCCCACCAAGCCACCACCUCGUAUACCACCAAGACCUAAGUCCGCUAGACCUGUGGUUGUCGAUGUACUGAGGAAAGGGGAAGACAAGGGAGAUCCUCACCCCAUAAGAGGCGUCAGGCCUGAGAGAGGGGUCAGUAGUAAUGUGAGGAAUUUAGCUUUGAUCAGCAAAAGUUCUCCAGAGCUGGACCAGUUCUUUGAUGAUUUAUCAUCAUACGAUGAUUCACUGUAUGCAAAAGUCACUAAUGGGGAUGACCUAAGUGCUUCAUCCCGAGGCGCCACGCCACUUCCUCCUCCCUUGCCUCUUCGGAACUCAGCCAGCCAAGACUUGCUCCUCAGCCAGAGUCAGGAAAUGCUCUCGGCUGUGCGGCCAUCCGGCAGCCGUGAUGAGCUAAUUGCACUUGGCCUUGCUCCGGCUUCUUCACGUGGCGGUGAUUUGCCCGGCCCAGCACCCCGGACUGUGAAGGACAGCCGUGGCAGCAAAGAUGCCCCCGGAUCAGGGAGAGAAGAGCCCUCCCAGACAGCCAGGCCACAGCGCCAUCCCAGGAACAUGGAUGCACGCGCCCCUCCCCGGACCCUCAGCCACGAUCCUCCCAGUGCCUUUCCUGUGGCCAUGGCCAAAGAAAUGUCCACCCAGGCUGCUCCAAGGUCUGGUCACAGGCCAGGUAGCAGAGAGCCGUUUCAUGCUGGGAAUGCAGAAUCCAACUCCUUGAGAAAAAGCAGCGAAGAAUUGAAUGGUGAACUUGGAACACGGCCAUCCGUGUUUAGCAACACUGAAAUGCUUCAAAACUUGUCCAGAGUGGUGCAAGCCAGUAUGAAUUCUGGCAGGCCUCGCAAAACUCCCAGCAUAUCCUCCAACAGCACCCUGUACCAGCCAGCGGACACAGCCCACCAGCACUACCCGACACAGACAGCAUUCAAGAUAGCACCGUAUGCCACCCCGGGCAGCCCAGCCGCACCACUGCCAUCCCCAGGCUCUCCUCACGCCUCCUGGAGUCCUGAGAUGCAGCCGCCCAAAACAAGAAGUAACAACCACGCAAUGCCUAGCACUGCGACGCACAGAAGUGAGCGGCCGGGUGUCCCGGCUCCCCGUCAUGCUGUGCCGCGCCUCACAGCCCAGGGGGUAGAGGAGAAGGGCCUCCAGAGAGUCACCAACUUGCAUUUCAGAGACUUUCUUCAGCAGCCCAGCCACAGCCUCAGCAUGGACCACCUGGAUGGCCCCAUGGAUGGUGAAUACCCCCCUGGUGCCCAGCAGCCCCUGGAGCGCCGGCCACCCCCCAUACCCACGGCCAAGUCCCUCAGCAGCUUACUGGACAGCUCCAGCAGCAGCCUGCGGGCUUACGGGCAGCCCACGCUUCUCUAGGAGUUUGCAUGCUGGGUGGUAGGACAGAUGACUCCCCAAGUGGUAGCAGUGACCAGGAGAAGGAGGACGUGAAGAAGGAAGAGGACCUCAAGAAGAGUGACUCCAAGAACAGCAUCACCAAGGACUCGCCCGUGUAGGCCAGCUGCUGGCAGUCUCUGUGAGGUGCAGUGCUGUAGGAGUACUCUGUGGGAUGGACAAGUGCUGGAUAUUCAGUGAAGGGAAGUGCAGUCAGUCUUGUGCAGUAUGUAGGCACGCUGUGAUUGGUGGAAGACUUUAAUGAACACUAAGUGAAGGCUCAUUGGCUGUCUGGUCCCUGAGUCGGGCCAGUGUGUUCCCCGCAACAAGGACGGACAGGUCUGCCGAGGGUCGUCUCCCCCCAACUAUGCUUGAGUAAAGUUGUCGCCUUAUGUGAGGUGGGGAGAGUUUGUAGCUUUGUUACACUCCAGUGCUUGGCAGGGCUGUGUGUGUGUGUGUGUGUGUGUGUGUGUGUGUGUGUGUGUGUGUGUGUGUGUGUGUGUGUGUGUGUGUGUGUGUGUGUGUGUG